AUAAUGGCAGCAAACACUGAGGCAGGAAGAAGCUUUGCUAGGAGAGAUCAAUUGCUCAAGAUACAGUCACAGAUCCAAAAGCUUUGGGAAGAAGAAAAGAUUUUUGAGGCUACUGCCAGAAGCGCGCCACCUGAUCCAGGUGAGAAGUUCUUUGGAAAUUUCCCUUACCCUUAUAUGAACGGGUUUUUGCAUCUGGGCCAUGCCUUCUCUCUAUCAAAGCUUGAGUUUGCUGCGACCUACCAUCGACUUUGUGGUCGAAAUGUUCUCCUUCCUUUUGCAUUCCAUUGCACGGGUAUGCCCAUCAAGACAUCAGCUGAUAAGCUCGCAAGAGAGAUGGAACAGUAUGGAAACCCACCUUAAUUUCCUUCCGAGGAGGAUUUUACAGAUGAGAUUGAAGAGAGCAAGAUUUAAGAGGGAAAUUUAGUAGCCCCUGAUAAGUUCAAGAGCAAACGGUCAAAAUCUACUGCAAAAUCUGGAAGGGAGAAGUUUCAGUGGGAGAUUAUGAGGAGCUUCGGACUUCCAGACCAAAAAAUUGAUGAAUUCAAAGAUCCAAAUCGAUGGCUUACUUAUUUCCCUCCUUUGGCAAAAGAAGAUCUCAAGUCUUUCGGCCUUGGUUGUGACUGGCGGUGCACUUUC